AUGGCAACCACGUCCAGCGAGGUCGCGGGCAUGGCGAUCACGUCCACCGAGGUCGCGGAUAUGGCGACCACGUGCACCGAGGUCGCGGGCAUGGCGACCACGUCCACCGAGGUCGCGGGCACGGCGACCACGUCCACCGAGGUCGCAGAUAUGGCGACCACGUCCACCGAGGUCGCGGAUAUGGCGACCACGUCCAGCGAGGUCGCGGGCAUGGCGAUCACGUCCACCGAGGUCGCGGAUAUGGCGACCACGUCCAGCGAGGUCGCGGGCAUGGCGAUCACGUCCACCGAGGUAGCGGAUAUGGCGACCACGUGCACCGAGGUCGCGGGCACGGCGACCACGUCCACCGAGGUCGCAGAUAUGGCGACCACGUCCACCGAGGUCGCGGAUAUGGCGACCACGUCCAGCGAGGUCGCGGGCAUGGCGAUCACGUCCACCGAGGUCGCGGAUAUGGCGGCCACGUCCACCGAGGUCGCGGAUAUGGCGGCCACGUCCACCGAGGUCGCGGGCAUGGCGACCACGUCCACCGAGAUCGCGGAUAUGGCGGCCUCGUCCACCGAGGUCGCGGGUCGGGCCACCAAGAGCACGAAAGCAGUGGGGCGGACCCUGUGCUCAUGCAACGUCUUCGGGAAUUGGAGAGUGGUGCUCCCCCACGUGAGCUAG